GUUAGAUGCUUGUAGCCCACUUCAUGAACACAGGGCAAAAGCACUGCUGGGUUUGGAGCAGCUGUUUGUGAGUGCCUCUUAUCCCACUCUGCUAAGGAAGGAGGGUGGGAGUGACUGGGGUCUUAUGUCACACUCAUUAUUUACUGUCCCCAAGAGUAAGGGGAAAACCAUCACUCUGGCAGAUGCAGGUGUUAAAUGCAUGCUAGCCCAAGAAACUCAGAAAGUUUUCCAGGGACCUUGGACACUUAUUGAUGGAUAUGGGGGUAAGAACACCAUCAUGAAACAAGUAUUAUUGUGUCCUGGAAUUGGGAGAGCACCCCUACUCCAUAUUGGUAGUAAUCUUUCUGUAUAAUCUUCCUAAAAAUUGGAUGCCUGUUGUAUUUGGAACGAUAUUAUAGACCCUGGUGGGGGAAUUUCAACUCAUAGUUCAGGUAGUAAAGGCAGUAUUGAGGAGGCCAAAUGAUCCUGUUAGUCUUCCCAUCCUGAAAGUUCAGAUUGCCAGAUGGACAUGCUGAGACUAGAGAAACCAUAUACGAAAUGUAAGUUGAAAUUUUAUGAGCUACUCACAGUGCUUUCGCUAGUCCUAUCAUUAAAAAGGCAGAUACGAUGGAGAGUGACUGUCAACUAUAGGGUGUUAAGUAAGGUGGGCCCUGUCAUCCAUGUUGUGGCACCUAGCAUCACUCAGGUACUGGAAAAAUACAUUCUCCUUUGGCUUUGUGCAUGCUGUCUUGGACAUAACUAAUGCUGUUUUUAGCUUUACUUACAAAUGGACCCACAAGCCAGUGCACCUUCACUUGAGAGGGAAGAGCAUGGACAUUCCAGGUUGUUGGUGUGAAACAGAUAAUGAGGAGGCACUUUCUGAGCAGAGCAUUUCCAUGGAAGGAAUGCCACAGACCAGAACUACUGAGUUAGGUCUAUUGACCCUGAAAGCCCACCCAUGUCAGAUGUAUGACCCACUCUUGAAAGACAUUUUGUACCUGGCUGAACACCAGAAAUCAUAUCCUAUGGAGAAACUGCACAGAUGUGGGUUGUGUGGGAGAGGAUUCUCCAUCAGUGUGACAUUUCCCCAGCACCAGCAGUGUCAUUGUGGAGAGAAUCCCUUGAGAGGGGAUGAUGGAGGGACCUCAUGUGUGAAGAGCUGUACAGGACAUAGGGUAGGGACACCCUGUACAUGCAGGGAAGAAAGCGUUGACAUGCCAGACAGCUGUGGCCUCUUCCAGCAGCUGACCACACACAAUGUGGUGAGUCCUCAUAAAAGAACUGAGCACGUAGAUUCUCUCCCACACAGCUCCAGUCUCAGAAGACAUCAAGACCAUCAUGGUGGACAAAUGAAUGUAAAUUACAGUGAUGAUGGGAAGACCUUCCUGAACACCUUUAAUCUCCUUGACCACCAGAUAACUCAUUCUGAGGGGAAACACUAUAGAUGUCUACCAGGUGGAAAUGUGCUCAAAGAGAAGCCUGCUCUUUUUAGUGACAAUAAAAUUCACAGUGGAGAAAAAUCUCAUGUGUGUAAGGAAUGUGGAAAGGCCUUCACUCACCUGUCCUACCUAAAAAUGCAUCAGAAAUUUCACAAUGGAAAAAGAUACUACACAUGCAGUGAAUGUGGGAAGACAUUCAGCCGCAAAGAUACACUUGUUCAACACCAGAGAGUCCACACAGGAGAAAGGCCCUUUAAGUGCAGUGAAUGUAGCAAAGCCUUCAGUCGUAAAGACACACUUGUUCAACACCAGAGAUUUCACACUGGAGAAAGGCCUUAUGAGUGCAGUGAAUGUGGGAAAUUCUUUAGCCAAAGCUCCCAUCUUAUUGAGCACUGGAGAAUUCAUACUGGGGCAAGGCCUUAUGAAUGCAUUGAAUGUGGGAAGUUCUUUAGCCAUAAAUCCAGCCUCCUUAAACACCAGAGAGUUCACACAGGAGCAAGGGCUUUUGUCUGCAGCAAAUGUGGGAAAGCCUUCAGCUGCAAAGACACACUUGUUCAGCAUCAAAUCAUUCACACUGGUGCAAGGCCUUACGAGUGCAGUCAGUGUGGGAAGGCUUUCAAUCGUAAAGAUACACUUGUAAAGCAUCAGAAAAUCCACACUGGAGAAAGACCUUAUGAGUGUGGUGAGUGUGGAAAAUUAUUUAGACAUAGUUCUAACCUUAUUGUACACCAGAGAAUUCACACUGGAGCAAAGCCUUACAAGUGCAAUGAGUGUGGGAAAUGCUUUAGUCACAACUCCAGCCUCAUUCUGCACCAGAGAGUUCACACUGGAGCAAGGCCUUAUGUAUGCAGUGAAUGCGGGAAAGCCUACAUUAGUAGCUCCCACCUGGUCCAACACAAGAAAGUUCACUCUGGAGCAAGACCUUAUGAGUGCAAUGAGUGUGGAAAAUUCUUUAGUCGCAACUCUAGCCUCAUUCUGCACCAGAGAGUUCACACUGGAGAAAAGCCUUAUGUCUGCAGUGACUGUGGAAAAGCCUACAGCAGAAGCUCCCAUCUCGCGCGGCACCAGAAAGUUCACAUUGAAGAAAGGUCUCAUGAGUGUGAAAAUUUUGGUGACACUCUAGCUGCAUCUCUUAAAUUUGUUUAGCAUCAAAAAUUAACACUAGAGGAAGGUCUUAUGAAUGAGGAAAUUUCCUAUUUCCAUCACACCAGAAAAGCUCUGAAUAUUCUUCAUAAGGCAACCAUCAGCCUACAGGUUCACCUGUCCAUUCUUCUCUCCUCUCUGGAGAGAUUUCCAAUAAGAAUCACAUAUGAACAUUUAGUGAAAUGGUUUGGGGUUUCUAAAUUGUUCAGGGCUCUCCACAAUUAAUGUCAUUGCUAGUGCCUGUGGUGCUACUGGCUCAUCUUAUUGCUACCAACUGUCUGUCAGUCACUCCAUCCUGCUCAGGGAAGGCAGACAUCUGCUCAUUCUCCUAUUCCCUAUAGAAAGUAAUGAAUGUUUGUGCCCAUUGAGGGUCCCCUUGUCCUCUCAUUACUACAUUCUGAGGAAAUAUAAUUCUGGCCAGAAGGAUUUGAGCUAGCCUCUGCUAGGUAUUUCCUGAUGUUUCCCUUCUUCAUGGGUAGUGUUGGCCAUGAACAUUAUAGCGAUGACUUACUUGUCUUUCUGCCAAAUCCCAACAUUGUGACUGCCAUUCCAUGCUUACACAGUGAUAGAAGCAUACCAUGAUGUGAUUUACUCUUGGUUCUGUUUACUGUGUGGAGUGGAUCAAGAAAACAGUUGGGUCCUGCCAAAAUGAAGGGAGAACUUUUGUGGCCAUAACCUUUAUUUGCCUCAGAGGGGACUACAGUAUAGCAGAGAAUGUUUCUCAGUCUACUUUUAUUUAAAGUGCUCUCUUGCUAUAGGCCUGCUAGGAAAACAAACAAACAAAAAAUCAAAAAGAAACCUGAAGAGCAUUAUGUGCCAAAUUCUGUGGCCUGGAUGUAAGGUUAUUUUUUUUUUUGGUUUUUUUGUGAGCUCAGUGUUCAUUGAGGUUGAUUUGAAAAUCUUUCAUGCUUCUGGAAGCAACCAGGGUUGGGUUCCUUGACUGCCACAAUUUCCCCAGCAUUGUUGAGGGAUUAGUAUCUCCCAGACAUGUACAGGAGCAAGUUUCUGAUAUCCAGGAUCAUAUAGGCAACUGCCAUUGACUGCCAAGGCCUGCAGGGCAAGCUGGGAGUCAUGCUUCGUAAUAAACAAUGAAGUGGGAGUAGCUGUGGCAUAUAUUUCUGUAUUCUAAAGGGUCGUUCACAGAUGUCCAUGCAAUUAUGGUUGUGUGGGAAUAGGAUGUACAAAGAUUCUCUGAGCCUCUAGACAUUUAUCUCCUGUGGCCAAAGCCAUGUCAGAGUACCUGCUGACUUUAUGGCCAUCACUGGACAGGUGGGAACCCCAGCACUUAGAAAGGGAUGGGGCUUCUCUGACCCAGUUAGCACUCCUAGUGAUGGAGGUGAACUUGAACUUCAGUGUUUUCCAGUUUUUGCUGACAUUGAAUCAGGCAUCACUCUCCUAAAUUGGGAGAGGCAUUUGGUACAGCCAAAAUGGUUGACAGAUCUGACUUUCAAGAGCAAUAGGAAUAGGAAUAGGAAUAGGAAUUCUUAUGGGGAAAAUCAGUUCAUAACAGCUGUAUUGAGGUAUGAUUAACAUGCAGUACACUGCUAAUAUGUAAAGUGUAAAAUGUGUGCUGUUCCAGUGUGUGUGUGUAUACACCUGCAAAACCACCAUAAUGAAGGUAAUGAAAAAACCAACACGACCAAAAGAUCCCUUGCAUCCUCUUAUAAUUCUACCAGCCCUUCCCAGCGUCGCACAUUCAUGACAACAGCAAACACUUUGCAGGACUGAAUAAGUGAAUAAUAAUGUACUUUUUUUGAGAGGGGGCUCUGGCUUUUUUCCUCUAACCAUAGCUUUAUUGAGAUCAGUCUGUCUUUUUGCAUGACUCAAUUCUUAGUUUGUUAAUUUGUAUUGCUGAGUAUUGUUCCAUUGUAUACCACAUGUUUAGAAUCCAUUCAGUUGUUAAUGGAUGAUUGGGUUGUUUGUAGUUUUUGACUAUUACAUAUAAAGGUGCUGUGAGGAUUUGCAUUCAGGUUAUAAGAUAAGAA